GAGCUCAGAGGGGCUUGGAUUUUCAAUGUGUUGACAUCAUCAAGUCUGUCUUAUCAAGCCUGGGGAUUAGAAGCUUCAUUGAUUGAGGGGGGAGUGAGUGAUUGAGAGAGAAAAGAGUGCAUUAUUUCAGUUGAAGGCUCGUUUUGUUUUUGUUUCUGUCUUGUUUAUUGACUUGGAUUUGUAUCGGGUACUGCCGGGGUUUCUGUGAAGGUGAGAAUUCUGGAGCUGUGGCGGCAAUCAUGCUGUUCCCUCCAUCGCUGAAGUGAAAAAGAUGAGCUACGUUUACAAUGCGCGAUAGUGGGCCCAAUAGGUCUUCACUCUCGUCGACGGAAUCUUGUGGAUCAUUUCCGGUGCUUCAGCUCCAUUACAAAACCAAAGUGGCUGCCUAGAGCUCAAAGGGAACUGGUGAGGCAAGUCUUUCAGCUGCUGUGGGUCCAAUCGCUGACGCUCAGUGGUAGUUAUAGUUUUUUCCAUUCGUCAAGAGUGCACCUCAUUGUUGUUGCAUCUUCGGUGGGCUGCUCGCUGAGAUACUUCCGUGUUUGUCCGUAGCUCAGAGUUGAUAAGCAACUUGCAUUCGCUUUUCUAAAAAACUUCAUCGUUUGCACUGAAGGGAGUUCGCAAUCACAGUUUCGAAUUCAAUGUGGAAACUGUAGUAAAUUGCAAGUUCGGGUCGCUACAGUUCCUAACAUUGCCAACACCGCUCGAGUCCGUGGGUUGAUUGGGAGCCUUGUGCAAGGGGCAGCGUAGCACAUAGCUCAGAAUAUCGUCUGGUGCUGCUGCUGCAUGAAUUAGGUGCAAGGGUUCAAUCAAGCUGCAAGUAUUGGAGGAGCAUCCUCUGACGUUUUUCUUGUAAAUUUCGGAGGUUCUCAAAAGCACGGAAGAUGAAGCUGAUAUCUCUGCUGAUGUUUCUGACUUUGCUUGCAUGCGAAUGCAAUGCGCACCGCGAGCGUCCUCCUCCUGUCACUCCGUCGCCGCCAGCUUCAGGUGAUGGAUACGCACCUCAGUCUCGCACGAUAGGCAUCAAUUACGGCACCCUGGGCGACAACCUCCCAACCCCCUCCGCAGCAGUCGCAGCAAUCAAGUCCAUGAAAAUAGGUCGUGUCAAGAUCUUCAAUCCCAAUGCAGGCAUCCUAGCUGCUCUAGCAAACAGCGGCCUCGAAGCGGUGGUCGCCAUUCCUAAUGACCAGAUCGGAGGAAUUGGCACGAACGCUGCCAUGGCCGAAGCUUGGAUAGCCCAGAACGUUGGCGCCUACUACCCUGCCACGAACAUCGUCACCAUACUCGUCGGAAAUGAAGUCUUCUCGGACGGAUCACUUCCCUGGACACAGCUCGUCCCCGCGAUGCAAAAUCUCCACAACUCUCUGUCUGCACGAGGAUGGUCUGAUAAGAUUAAGGUCUCCACCGCGGUCGCAGCUGACGUCCUGUCCAGUUCCUACCCUCCAUCGACGGGCUCAUUCCGCCCAGACAUCGCUGUGCCCGUCAUUCUUCCUUUGCUCAAAUUCCUCUCCACAACACGAUCAUACUUCUUCGUGAACUUGUAUCCCUUUCUGUCCUACGCCUCCAGUGGGGGGUUAAUCAGCUUAAACUAUGCUCAAUUCGGGUCCAAUGCAGACACAGUUAUGGAUGGCACGUUCACAUACACCAACCUGUUAGAUGCACAGUUGGAUGCGAUAAUCUAUGCCACUGAAAAACUGGGGUUUGGUGACGUGCGCGUCGCGGUUGGAGAGACCGGGUGGCCGACCAAUGCCGACUCAACGCAGGCCGGCGCUAGCAUCCAAAAUGCGGCCAACUACAAUCGGAGGCUCGUGAGGAAAAUACUGGCCACUAGCAAUUUCGGUACCCCCAAGCGUCCUGAUGUAUUCAUUCCCACGUUCAUUUUCGCGCUGUUUAACGAGAAUCAGAAGCCCGGGCCAGAGUCGGAGCGAAACUGGGGGCUCCUGUACCCGAGCUUGAGGCCAGUGUAUGACAUCGACCUAACAGGGCAGAUGGUUGACAGCCAGUACGCCCCCAUUGCGCCAUAGCUCCGAAUCGAUGUCGAGUUUUUUCUGCAAGCGGCAUGGAAAUUUAUGAGAACCCCGUGUCAAGCAUGCGGCAUUGGAAACCCACACGCUCCUCGCAGGAUCUGUCCCGCUAUUGCUUCUCCUCCCACCUGGUGAAGUUUCUAUCGCCAAGUGGUUGCUUGCGUGGCCCAGGGAUGCGCCCUACGCGCAGCGCCCCCCUUCUCGAAGAACAAAGGCGGGGCAUCCAGAAGAAUUCCCUUGCAUCCUCUUCAAACUUGCUUCCGUUCAGUUUCUUUCCGCUUCGUGUAGGAUCCAGGUCGAACAAUCUCUAGCUCCAGUUAGGCAGUCAAGGGUCCUGAUCCCAACCAGCAGCUGGUUGUGCAAUGCUAACUCGAGCCGUCCCAUAUGGGGAGCUUCCUGAGCACCAGUCCAACACAGUCCUCUCCCGCUUUUGCUUUUGCCUCAUACGGCAAUUCAGGAGAAAUCAAACUGUGGUGAUUCAACAUACCUCAUUGUGUCCGUUCCAUGGAUGAUCGACAUAACCCCUUUAAGCAUUCCGAUCA